AUGGGAGGAAUUGGCAAAACCACCCUUGCUCAGCUUGUUUACAAUGACAAUAGGGUGAAGGAGAAUUUUCACUUUAAAGCAUGGGUUUGUGUUUCGGAUGAUUUUGAUGUGUUAAAGCUUACGAAAGCAAUUCUAGUGGAACUAGAUUCACCUAGCGAUAGUGAUAGUCUAAAUCAGCUUCAUAUUAAACUCAUGGAAACGUUGAUAGGAAAGAAAAUUUUACUUGUUUUAGAUGACGUUUGGAAUAAGAAGUAUGCUGAAUGGGAGCUCCUAAGCAAACCCUUUCAAUCUAGUGUGGCACAAGGAAGUAGGGUCAUCGUAACUACACGCGAUCGGGAGGUUGCAUCUGUUAUGUUCGCUAAUGCAACUCAUCAUAUAAAUGAGUUAUCCAACGAAGAUAGUUGGUUGCUAUUUGUAAAAUAUGCAUUUCACAAUGGUAACUCUGAUGCACGUAUAGAGCGUGAAGCAAUUGGAAGACAGAUACUAGAAAAGUGCAAAGGCCUACCUCUAGCAAUCAAGGCUAUAGGGAGUCUCUUGCGGUCUAAAUUAGGUGUUGAUGAAUGGGAUAGGGUAUUGAGAAGUAAAUUAUGGGAUUUGCCAAUUAAGGAGACUGGCAUCCUUCCUGCUCUCAAAUUAAGUUAUAAACAUCUUUCACUAGAACUAAAGCGAUGCUUUGCGUACUGCUCCAUAUUCCCAAAAGAUUUUGCUUUUGAAAAAGAUACAUUAGUCUUAUUAUGGAUGGUCGAAGGUUUCUUGUCGCAACCCAAAAAUAAAACAAUGGAAGAAGUUGGUGAUGAUUACUUCCUUGCUCUUGUAUCAAGAUCAUUAUUCCAAAAAUCCUAUGACAAUAAAUAUAUAAUGCAUGAUCUUGUUAGUGAUUUGGCAACAUUUAUAUCUAAACAAUUCACUUUAAGCCUUGCAGAUGAUUGUCCUUCCAAAAUUGUAAGCAACACUCGCCAUUUAUCUUUUCAUAAGAAUUUUGGGAGAUUUCAAGAGGCUAAGAGGUUGCGCACUGUCGUAACAUUAAAUUUCUUUAGGGCCGACACAUCUGAAACCCAAUUUCCAUUACCAAUGGUAGGCUGCUUACGGGUGCUCUAUCUAUUUGGACGUGAAGGCUUAACUGAAUUGCCGAAUUCAAUUGGUAAACUUAUACAUCUACGUUAUUUGAACCUUUCUUACACUAAAAUUGAAAGAUUGCCUGAUUCUGUUUGUAAGUUGUAUAAUUUACAGACAUUGAAUUUAUCAUGUUGUUUUCGUCUUGUUGCAUUGCCAAGUGAUACGCAUAAACUUAAUAAUUUACGUCAUCUUUAUUUUACUGAAACUUGGAACUUGAAGGAGAUGCCAAGACAUCUUGGUAGACUAGAAAGUCUUCGGACAUUGACUAAAUUUGUCGUCGGCAAAGAUAGUGGAUGCGGCAUUGGAGAGUUAAAAAAACUUAAUCUUCUGAGAGGAUCACUUUGUAUUGAGAACCUCCAAAAUGUUACAUCUCUUACGGAUGCUAAUGACUUAAACUUGGUGGAUAAGAAGUACCUUGAGAAGUUGAAAUUGGAGUGGAAUUCGCGGGAAGAUAAUACCGAGGAUACUUCAGGAAGGCAAAUGGUUGUCUUAAAUAGUCUCCAGCCCCAUUCAAACUUGAAAAGUCUCACUAUGAUAGGCUAUCGUGGUAAAAGUUUUCCAGACUGGAUAGGACAACUGCCUUCUCUUGAGAAAUUGUUUAUAUCUUGUUGUCCACAAGUUGAGUCAUUUUCUGAAGGGGAAUUGCCUUCCAAUCUAAAUGAAAUUUCCAUCAACUGUUGUGAUAAACUCUUUGCGAACCGAAUGGGGUGGGGUUUGCAAAAACUCCAGUGUCUUAGAAGAUUCACGAUUUGGGACCACGCUAACGAUGUGGAGUCCUUUCCAAAUGAGGGGUUGCUUCCUACCAGUCUUACCCAUCUUCACAUCGGAUUCUUUCAAAAAUUGAAAUCGUUGGACAAAAAGGGGCUUCAACACCUCACUGCUCUUGAAGAUUUGGAUAUCUUAUACUGCCCUAAGUUCGAGUGUAUGCCAAAAGACGGGCUGCCUGCCUCCCUUUCUACUUUAAGGAUCAACGGAUGUCCUUUGUUGAAGAAAGAGUGCGAAAGGAAAGAAGGAGAAGAAUGGCGCAACAUUUCGCACGUCCCCAACAAAUAUAUUGAUUUGGCCAAACGGAUUGGAUGAGGUCAUCCGGAAUGAAAUACAAACUCCACUCGUUGCAGAUGGUCAAUUGCUGUCAUUAUAUUCCAAUAGGCUUUGCUGAUUGUGCCGAAUCAAACUGGGUUAAGGGUAAUCUGGAGUGAAAUACAGGUUGUACUUGUGUGCUCAUGGCCUUGCUAAUGCUACAGAUGGUCAACUGCUCCCAGGCAUUUUCUUCGUAUCUUCUUCUCAAUGAGUUCCAUUCACUUCAUCAAUUAAUAUGUCAUCCUCCAAUGCGAUUUGUUAAUUAUGCUUCUACAAACUUGGUUAAAAGCAGUUGAUUUUGCCGUUGGUACGAGAACUCUAAAAUGGUGUAAAUAUCCUGUUGGGAUGUCUUUUUUGCUUUGGUGGCAAACUCCUCUGCCGUAGCUGUUUCAAUUGGUGGUUCAGCAUUGUCUCUUUGUGCUCUUAUGAUCAAUUUAUGUGAUCAUUUUUCCCUCUUUCUCCGGUUUUUUGCACAUAAUUUGGUUACUGAAGACAAUUUGUCCACCACAAAUGGGUUGAAAUACAAACUCCACUUGUGUGCUCAUGGAUUCGGUAGCAGAUGGUCAACCGCUCCUACUCUGUGUCGGACUAGCUUAAGGGCAACUAAUGUUUGUUGACAUUUUGAGUUUAGAAAUCGAUUCGAUUAACAUUGGACAAGCUCAAUCUUGAUUCUGCCAUUUGAGUUCUACAAUGUUUUUGAAAGUUGACUUAAGCAAACUGGAGAUGGCUGCUUUGUGGAGACAUUGGGGCACUUUAACCUUGUGGAUGUUAUCCCCAACCCAUCAAAAGAGCAACUAGUUGAUGUUGUUCAGAGUCAUUUCAAGUCGCAGCAAAUGGACGAGUUGCAGGUCAUUUUGGGGUUUUUUUCGGCUGCGAAUUGAUUGAAGACUGUGCGAAUGACCUGGAGAGAAAUGGGGAGAUCUUUGAAUUCGGUUGUCUAUGCUAACUGAUGAUGAUACUGGUACCUAAGAAUUUAUCAGUGGCUUGUUUAUGUCUAUCAUUUUCGGUUACAGAGGUUCUUACUUUUUGGUGGUGUAGUUAUGUAGAUGUAUGUAAGUUCGUGAGCGGACCUCUAAAGAAGUCCCUUGUGGCUUUCUUUCCAAACUUGGUUGAAUGUACUGUUGACUUGAGGAAGUGGGCUUUUAAAGACCUCUUCAUCUGUGCCAGACGGGCUUAAGGGCAACUGAUGUUUGUUGAUAUUUUGAGUUUAGAAAUCAAUUCAAUUAACAUUGGACAACCUCUAUCUUGUGAAACUAUAUAAAUGCUAAGUUUUUGUUCUACAAAAUUAUGAGGUUAUAAAUUUUUGAAUAUAUUAUGAGGUUAUGAAUAUAUUGUGAGAUUAUGAAUUUUUGACAUGAUCUUGGCCUUUGUAUUAUUCCCAAAAAGUCAGACAAGCCAAAUCAAAACUGUCUGCAAUGAUCACUAUCGCUAUGAUACUUAUUAUUAGAAAAUGUUUCAUGCUCGUAUUGAUCAUGAAGUUCCUGCAUUUACUUCAAUUUAUUUAUUCCUUUUCUUUUUAAUCAUCAUCGUUGAACAGUUUGCACACAGAGAGGAAUGGACUUUGCUCUGUGACAUACUUGCUUCAUCAUAUAGACUUUUAGCCACUUCCACCCCACUGAUGCUACUCACUGGUAUACUCAGAACUUGGUAAAAGAAGAAAAAGAAGACGGAAGCAAAUCUUGGUUCUCAGCACACAAGCUGACCAGCAUUGGAAUUGGGGCAUCACUAGCUUAUUCAUGUACAAGAUCUCCUCUGAAACCAAGCCUUAGGCUAAUUCAAAUUCAUGCAAGGAUGCACGCACAAGUGUUGACAUUGGCGGUGCUCUCUGGAGCAACCGUCUACCACUACUACGAGAAGCAGACAGCGGGGCAAGGAGAGAGUCAUUCUUCAAAGUGAUCAGAGAGAGAUCUUAGACAUAAUUUCCCAAUCAACCUAUUGCAAGGCCCUUUAUUCUUGGAACUCCUCCUGGGCUGAAAUAAUGAUCUCGAGGAAAGAGUGUUGGCUUCUUACUCACUAGUACUGAGUCUCUUGAAGAGUUCAGAAUGUGUUUCAAUGCUCUCAUCAUGGGAUAAAGAGUUGCUCGGCAAUCUCCAGAAUCUCUCUCCGGUAACAUGGAAAGCAAAAUGAUGAAGACAAUGCUAAAUGUGAGAUUGAAUUAAAGAUGGCACCGUAUUUGUUAUAGUAUCUGAGUGCUGGAUUGAGAACUUCUUGGAGCGAUGAUCCUUUCUAUGAUGUGCACAGGCAUGCUUCUCAAGAUUGCUUGCAAGAGAAUGAAGAGAUUGGUUCUUCAUAAUAGCUUGACUGCCUUUCACUUGAGAUGUUAUUUUUAGAAGUUGCAAUGGAGAUAUUUCUCAGGGCAUUGUUUCAAUUCCUAGAUGGUUUCAAUUUUGAGUGUUCAAAGUGUCUUAAUGAGGUGCUUCAAGUUGUUUUCUAUUGUGUCAUUUUUUGGGGACAUUGCAUUAGGCCACCCUUGUGAUUUUUGUGGGCCAAUCUUGAUAAAAUUUUAGUAUGUUGUUCCCGAGGACGAGUGCUACAAAUUGACUGGUGUCGAUCAUUGGAAUUCUUCUCCAGUUGCUUGGUUGCUAAUACUUACUUGGUGAGAUCUUUCUUUA